UAGCAUUCGGUCAUGUUCCUUUGUAUAAGAUAUCGCCGGCUACACUUUGACAUCAGCUUUACCAGUUGGAAUUUUGUGUACGGAAAAAUGUCUCCUUACGAAUCCAGCGAACAAUCGACCCAAUCGGACGUCAGAUUGCCAUUAUUGCUCGCAAACCUUGGAAAAACCCCAGCUUUGCAAAAUCGUCUCAAGGAGAUUGCACCGCUCCUAGGAUCUCAAUCACAUCUACAGGGCAUAACGAAGCUGAAAGACGGGGUUUUUGCAUACAGGUGGAUCUCAGAAUUUGAUUGUCUUCGCACCGAUAUCCUCAACAGCGUAAGCCAAUAGUCAAGGUAGAUUUCUGCAAGUAAUGACAACGUUCAAGGAAUAUAAAGACAACAUAGCCGAAACAGGCGCAGUGAUCCGAGAGCCGAAGCCGAACGAACAUGCGUAUCCCCGGGCUGCGGUACUACUGCUUCACAAAGCCAGACUUCACACAAGUGUUGACGAAAUAUUUCUCCUUCAAUGCCUUCCUGUAGAUACGGAAACACACAGAGCGAUUAUUCGUCGCAUCCUAGAGAUCGACCCCACGUUAAAA